AUGGCCCAGUACAACCAUUCAAAAGAGCUUUCUCUCCAGAGCACAUCAAAUGAGUCACUGAAUGCCACUGAAAUGCCAGUGGCGUGGGAUGAGACAACACUGCUAGGGCUGAAGAUCUUACUGGCAGUCGUUCUGUCUGUUAUAACUCUGGCAACCAUUCUUUCAAAUUCCUUUGUAAUUAUCACCAUUUUUCUCACUAGAAAGCUUCAUACACCUGCAAAUUAUCUCAUUGGCUCCUUGGCGGUGACUGAUCUCUUAGUUUCUAUCUUAGUAAUGCCAAUCAGUAUUGCUUAUACUGUCAGCCACACGUGGACCAUUGGUCAAGUUAUGUGCGAUAUCUGGUUAUCGUCAGACAUCACCUGCUGCACAGCCUCAAUCCUGCACCUCUGUGUUAUUGCACUGGACAGAUACUGGGCCAUCACAAAUGCUUUGGAAUAUGCAAAACGUCGGACAGCCGGUAGAGCAACCCUCAUGAUAACUGUUGUCUGGGCGAUCUCUAUUUGUAUUUCUAUGCCACCACUUUUCUGGAGACAGGCAAAAGCUCAUGAAGAAAUGGCAGACUGUACUGUGAACACUGAUCAGAUUUCCUACACAAUCUAUUCAACCUGUGGAGCUUUCUAUAUCCCGACUGUGCUCCUUGUUAUACUGUAUGGGAGAAUUUACAUAGCAGCUCGAUCCAGGAUUCUUAAGCCACCUUCAAUAUAUGGAAAACGAUUUACCACAGCCCACCUGAUUACUGGGUCUUCUCUCUACUCCAUUAACUCUAACCUUCACGAGGGGCAUGCUCAUUCAGGGGGCUCCCCAGUAUUUAUCAAUCAUGUGAAAAUCAAACUUGCAGAUAGUGUCCUGGAAAGGAAAAGAAUUUCUGCUGCAAGAGAAAGGAAAGCCACAAAAACUCUGGGCAUUAUCCUGGGAGCUUUUAUUUUCUGCUGGCUGCCAUUCUUUGUUGUGACCCUGGUCCUGCCCAUCUGUCAGGAUGCCUGCUGGUUUCAUCCAAUCCUACUGGACUUUUUUACAUGGCUAGGUUACUUAAACUCGCUUAUCAAUCCAGUCAUAUACACUGUUUUUAAUGAAGAGUUUAAACAGGCCUUCCAGAAACUAAUCCAGUUCAAAAAAUGUUCUUAG